UAGCACCAUGGAUGUAGCGCUUGGCGCUGUAAUAUAAAUCCCACCCAAAAGAUGCUAACCGGGUAGCUUAGAUGUAUGUCUUUGCCAUGGUUGUCACGAGCUGGUAGUGCCAGUCGGUAGACGGUGGUCAUCUCAUUCUCCGAGGGACUAGACGCACAUUGCAGCUUUAAAAAGUAACGUGGAAGCUCCACAAUGGUGAAAAUAUUCAUCGGGAACUUGUCACCAGACACUACAUCGGACGAACUUCGCUCUCUCUUCUCCCAAUAUGGCAAGAUUGGAGAAUGCAGUAUUGUCAAGAACUUUGGCUUUGUGCACAUGGAUGACAAAGCGGAGGCGGAAGAAGCCAUCAGAAACCUCCACCAUUAUGAGCUAAACGGCCAGCCUAUGAAUGUAGAAUUGAGCCGUGGCAAGUCAAAAGGAUCCACUAAACUACAUGUUGGCAACAUUGCCUGUACUAACCAGGAGCUGAGGGCCAAGUUUGAAGAGUUUGGCUCUGUGUUGGAGUGUGACAUAGUAAAAAACUAUGCUUUUGUUCACAUGGAUCGAAUAGAGGAUGCCAUGGAGGCCAUUAAUCAGUUAGACAACACAGCUUUUAAAGGCAAACUGAUGAGCGUGAAGCUUUCGACUAGCCGCCUGCGUACUGCGCCGGGAAUGGGAGACAGAUCGGGUUGUUAUCGUUGCGGGCAGGAAGGCCACUGGUCCAAAGAAUGCCCUCUAGACCAAAAUGGCUACCACAGAAACGGCUCAGAGCCAAAGUCUGAUGGAUACGAUGCCUCGAGAUUUGACGGGCGUGCUUGCAACAGGGGUUAUCAUCCGGACUUCAGUGGCGAUCCAGAUUACGGUGGCUAUGCUCCUGUACAUGGUUUUUCCCGUGGUUCUGGUCACAGCAGCGGCAUGGCAGGGUACAGAAGGGGUUCAGGCUACGAGAGCGCAAUGAGAUACGGGCCGGUUCCAGGUCAAGGCAUUAGCACUGAUGCUGAACAUAGCAUGGCUCGGAUGUAUGGCAGUGAGGCGGCAUACAUGAGCAACGGCUCACUCUAUGGCGCGGUACCAGCCUACCCGAUGCGACGGUCGUCUUACGAGGAAAGGGAUCCGUACGGUGUCGUGGACUACUACGGGAAGUACAGGGCCAAUUCUUACGGAGGCAGUUAUUUUGAGGAACGUCGCGCUGUCCACUUGCCGGCUCCAUCAACAUCCUCCACAGCUUUAAUGAGGGAACGUCUGCCCCCCUCUAGCCACGACCCAUACGAGUGCCCUCCCCUUCCUCCUCCACCAGCCCCAGUCUCCUCAUACUACGCACGUGACCGGAGUCCGAUUCGGAGAGUCCCCGUCGAGGCAGAUGGAUACUCAUAUGAGCGUUCGCGCAUUUCCCCUGUGCCCGCCCCCCCAAGAGGUUCUACCUAUGACCAUCCGCGGGAUCCCGCCGCUGAUCGGGCAAGAUAUGCAUACUAAUCCUUGUAACAUACAGCCAGGUUAGAGUUCUCUGACAUUCAGUGGAUAAGAUAGCCUACGUGCCAGAGGAAUCACUGAAAACGAAACAAUCAUAUCUUAUUGGUAAUAUCGAAAGCAAAAGUCAGCCCUCAGUGUGUUUGGGUAGUAAGAAUAAGGUUACAAUAAAGCUUACCAACCACAAUAGCCAAUAAGUAGAUUUCAAUAUGAAUAGUUGAAUACCCUCACAUACUAUGAUCUCAUUCCAGGUACUUCAAAAUGCAGUACAAUUAAUGAUCAGUCGACCACUUUCAUUGUCCUAUUUACGUGUUGUGGUAUUAGUGCAGUUCUGAGAUGGCUUAGCCUAGGUGCCGAUACUGGGUCUAUCUACAACGUGGUUGAUGUCUAUUCACGAAACAAUAAGACCUGAAUUAUUGCUCCUCUGAAAGUAGCUAUAUGUUAUAUACACUAUUUAGACUCAGUUAAUAGAAACAAAUUAAAUUGGUGCAUGUUUUGUUAAAGGGGAGUUUUAGUCACAUGAAUUGAUUUUAAUCCUUUUUUUUUUUUUAGCAGCAUCUCAAACUAUGUGCAUUUUAGUGUAUUUGUGUUUGUAUAAAUUCAAAUUGUUACUUUACUGCAUAUGUGAGGCAAUGACAAAACACAUUUGAAUACUGUAUACUUCAUCACCUACAUUGUUUAACCUGUGGGAUGUCCCACCUGUACCAAAUAUGGACCUGCAGUUAAGUUGAACGUUUUAUCAAGCUGCAUCGUAAUCAUGUUUUUUUUGUCCGUAUAGGCACAUUGAUUUUCAUUGCUGUGAUAAAGAUAAGGCCUCAUAUCUUGAACAUAUGUUUGAGUUUCAUAAUGAAAAUCACCUUAAUUGCCUAUGCUGUCUGUCUUGAUUUCUAUCAAUGAGGUUCAAAUUAAAAUCUGUUUGUCUAAAGUCUUAAAA